CCCAUUGAGUUUCAGUCCCUGUUGGUGUCCAUCAAAAAAUUAUCAUUAUCUGUGCUACACUUUAAUAUAAAUUAAAACCUGUGACCACGUGAGAUUACCGAAGGAAUAUUAUAAAAUGCGUAUUUUCUUGGUGACAGGCCUUCUGGCCUUAGUGGCUGUAUCCUCAGCAUCUCAGGACUUACUCCUCAAUUCUUUGAAUCACUGCAUCAGUGCAGAAUCCUGGUCCCCAUGUUUAAAACAUGAACUUCUUGGAUAUUUGGAUAACCAGCUGGGAACAACGACAGAAGCCAGAUCAUUGGAUUCAGUUGAUGAAGCAAUUGUUGCUAGGACAUUCAAAUAUCUAAAGUCUUUUGAUUAUAGAAUUGAGUUACCCUUCGUUGAUGCGAGUUUGAAGUACAGACCUAGCAGAAGUCUUGCUGAUCUUGAUGUCGAAUUUAAGGAAAAUGAAGUUGCUACGAGCCAGGCACGUGGUUUGUUAAAAAAGAAAUUGCUGCUGCCAUUUUUACUUCUUCUUAAGCUGAAACUCAAAGCUCUGAUGCCGAUCUUUGUUGCCAUCAUUGGACUCAAGGCUUUGAAGGCUCUCAUUCUUUCAAAGUUGGCACUUUUGGUUGUUGUCGGAUUCAUCGCUGUCCAAUUCUUAAAGAAGGGUGGCAUGACUCCUCCAAUGGGAAUGUCAAUGGAACCAGUCCCAGCUUAUGGAGCUCCACCUCUACCCUCGACUACGUCGAGUUACGAACCGGUGAACACAUGGGAUGGAAAUGGACCAUAUUCUCGAGUAUGGACUCCAUCAAACGGUGCUGAUGCUCAAAAUUUGGCCUACAAUUACUAUUCUUCUGGUAGUAAUUCUGGUUCGUAUGGCUCUCCUUCAUCGUCGUCAUCGUCAUCCUCAUCAGGAAGCUCAUCAAGUUCGUCCAGCUACACGUAAAUUUUGAAUCAUCUGAAGUAACCUGGAGUGAUCUAGAAUAAUCUGAAAUGACCUGAAAUCUUUUGUCAAGAUCUUAAACCACCGGGAUCUAAUUUGAGAGCUUCCUAGAUUAGCUACGGAUCAUACCUAUGAUUCGCCGAUUGAAAAAUGCACCAGAUUACGAAAUAACCCUCUAACGAAUCUCAUGAAAAAAGAGGGAUUUUUUGGAAAGAGCUGCAAUCUCAAAAAUCGUACUCAUGGGCAUCUUGCAUCAGAGUAGCUUUUUGGAUGAUAAGAUUAUUUAGACGAAUGCUGUUUGCAUAUAUACUAUUUUAACAUGUAACUCCAAAAUCCAUUUUAGGAUGAAAGAGUUUAUUUAAAACGCGUUAUUUAUUUCUCAAGCACUAUUUAUUGUUUUCAUGCAUUUGUUAAUAAAGAUAAUUACACAAAUGUUGUAUAUAUUUAUGUGUGCAUACCAGAUUGUAUAAGAUAGUUGUCUAAUCGUCUAAUGUACCAGAGAUAUCAUUCGGAUAUCAUGAACAUUAUAAUUUUUAUUGAGAAUUUUGUAAUGAAACUAAAAUAAGAUCAAUUUAUUUUCUAGUUUUAUACUAAAUA